UUAAUCUUCAAAAUGAAGCUCUUACUAGCAGUUUUCUUUUUCGUCUCAUUCUCCUUAUGGGUUGAAGAAGUCUAUUCCAAAGAGAAGUCUUCAAAGAAAGGAAAGGGGAAAAAGAAGCAAUAUCUAUGUCCAUCCCAGCAAUCAGCCGAAGACCUUGCAAGAGUACCAGUUAAUUCUACCAGCAAUAUCUUGAAUAGGCUAUUGCUCAGUUAUGAUCCCAGGAUAAGGCCUAAUUUCAAAGGAAUUCCAGUUGAUGUUGCAGUCAACAUCUUCAUUAACAGCUUUGGGUCAAUUCAAGAAACAACUAUGGAUUAUAGAGUCAACAUCUUUCUAAGACAGAAGUGGAAUGACCCCAGACUCAAACUGCCCAAUGACUGGAGAGGUUCCGAUACGCUGACAGUGGACCCAACAAUGUUUAAAUGUCUUUGGAAGCCAGACUUAUUCUUUGCGAAUGAAAAAAAUGCUAACUUCCAUGAUGUCACACAAGAAAAUAUCCUUCUUUUCAUAUUUCGGGAUGGUGAUGUCCUGGUCAGCAUGAGAUUGUCUAUUACUCUGUCUUGCCCUUUGGACUUGACCCUGUUUCCUAUGGAUACACAGCGCUGCAAGAUGCAAUUGGAAAGCUUUGGUUACACAACUGAUGACUUACGAUUUAUCUGGCAGUCUGGAGAUCCUGUACAGCUAGAGAAAAUUGCCCUGCCUCAGUUUGAUAUUAAAAAGGAGGAUAUUGAAUAUGGUAACUGUACCAAGUAUUAUAAAGGCACAGGUUAUUACACUUGUGUAGAAGUAAUCUUCACUUUAAGAAGACAAGUUGGAUUUUACAUGAUGGGUGUUUAUGCUCCUACACUGCUAAUUGUUGUUCUGUCCUGGCUGUCAUUUUGGAUCAAUCCUGAUGCAAGUGCUGCAAGAGUCCCACUGGGUAUUUUCUCAGUGCUCAGCUUGGCAUCUGAAUGUACCACUCUUGCCGCUGAACUUCCCAAAGUGUCUUACGUGAAGGCCUUAGAUGUCUGGCUGAUUGUUUGCCUUCUCUUUGGGUUUGCAUCUCUGGUGGAGUACGCGGUGGUUCAGGUAAUGCUGAACAAUCCAAAGAGAAUUGAAGCCGAAAAAGCAAAGAUCGCCAAGGCAGAGCAAGCGGAAGGGAAGGGUGGAAAUGCUGCCAAGAAGAACACUGUGAAUGGCACAGGGACUCCUGUCCACAUCAGCACUUUACAGGUUGGUGAGACCAGAUGCAAAAAAGUUUGCACUUCGAAAUCUGAUCUGAGAUCCAAUGAUUUCAGCAUUGUUGGAAGCUUGCCAAGGGAUUUUGAAUUAUCGAAUUAUGACUGUUAUGGGAAGCCCAUUGAAGUCAACAAUGGGCUCGGGAAAUCUCAAGCCAAGAACAACAAGAAGCCUCCUCCUCCCAAGCCUGUCAUUCCAUCAGCAGCAAAGAGAAUCGAUCUUUAUGCAAGAGCACUGUUCCCUUUUUGCUUCUUGUUCUUCAACGUCAUAUACUGGUCCAUAUAUUUAUGAUAAACCUUUUCUGUAUUUUUUUCAUAUGUGUAAAAUAUAUCCCAUCUCAUUACCCCUUCCCAGUCAUGAAGGCCACUGUGUGAAAGUAUUUUCAUUUGCAAGGCAAUAUGUUGCAUUUUGAUGCCAUGCGAUUGUACUGAACAUAUGGCAUCUGAAAUUUGAAUGAAAGCAUGACACUGCAAUGUCUGUGCUCCGGCCAACGUUGUAUAUAAAUGUACAGCAUACAUCCUGCUUUAGGAAUAUAUAUGAAGGACAAUGCAUACUACAUUAUAAGGCUGAAUAACGCUCUUCAGUUAUUAGUAACGUACAGAGAUUUAAAGUGUUUCUGACAAUGAAACUGAUGUGCACGUUGAGUAUUAUUAAAAUCAGUAUUCUAGUAUAUGUAGUACUUAACAGCUUUUCUGCUGACUUCCAGAGGGGAAAAAAAAAACAAAAACCACAACAAACAUCUUGUUCUUGUAUAAUUUCAGAUGGCACUGUUGAAGAAGAAGCUAAGUUGUCAUUCGUAUUAUUUAGACUUUGUAAGUGAAGGCAGCACUGAAUAAGCUGGUCUUGUCUGUGGAAAAAUAAAGAUCAGAGAAUUA